AUGAAGCUCGAGGACGAUGACUACGAAGGCCACGGGUCAGAUGCCGAAUUCAGAGAUAACGACGACGAGGAGGUCCUAAAGAAGUCCACCCACCCCCUUGGGCUGGCCAAGGAUUACGCUCCACAGUGGCUGCCAAGGGAUGCCUUCAGGGAAUUGUACCAAAACUGGAAGGAUGGCAUUGUUGAGUCCUUCGGAGUUCUUCCUCAUUAUAUCAGACCGACCUUUGUCAGGAAUGAUGAUAAGGAGAUUCACAUCAUCGUAACCUCAUCUGCGGUUGGUCUACUUGGCUACAUCCGCUUCCAAAGCAAACAGGGCAUUCUAGAAUUGACAAAUCUCAAAGCCAAGCUUGACCGAAAACACCUGGACCUCGGCGAGACCAGCAAGCGGGACAACAACGCACUCGCAGGCGGCCACGGUGAAGGUUUCAAGCUGGCUGCGCUAGUGAUGAGACGAAAUGGAUAUUCUGUACGGUUUGAGACGAACUCAUUCUGCUGGAACUUUAGCUUUCAAGGGACUCGCCCACGGCUCUAUUGUCUUCUGAACAAACCUGGAGCCAAACUGUUGCGCGAGCAGCGAAGUUCAUACAGAAGAGGGCAGGCGGCAGGUGAUGUUCAGCGAGGGCUCACUUCUUACAUCUGGGAAGACAUGACAGUUAAAAUAGGGAAGUCCAGAGACCGGGAAGGUGCUCAAAAAGUCUCCGAGGAAGAUUUCCGUGCGUGGAUGAAGGUCUCCAUUGAUCUGGACCCUCCCGAAUCAAGUCAGAUUGUUCGCACAUGGAGGGGAGACCUCAUAUUUGAUCCUCGGUUUCGAGAUCGAAUUUACCUCCAUGGCCUCCUCGUCUCUGAGUCUGCUGGAUACUCGCAAGGUGGGAGAGCCUACCGUUUUGGCUACAAUUUCCACCAAGGCAAAUUCAACCGCGAUAGACAGCGGAUGACAGACGAACAUGAAGAAGCUAAAGCCUUGGCCAACAUCUGGGAGCAGGCUAUUGUGCUAAAGGGAGAUUCUGUCAUCGAUGCCUACAUCAAGCUAUUCGCCGAAGACGAAGAAGCAGCCGAUAUUGUGCAAGCCUACCAAUACACAACGCCACUGACAGCACAGAAUCUCUGUACGCGCCUGAAGGAGUCCCAUCCCGAAGCUUUCUUUUACUCGGAAAGAUGUGCGUGGGAACAGAACGCCAGCACAGAUGAGGACAUCAUCUCGAAAGAACUCAAGAGGCAGCCCGCGAAGCUCGGGAAGAAAAUCUGGUGGGUCCUUAGAAGACAUGAGCCGCCUCUGAUGCGCACGCCUCUUGAGGAGAGAAACCACUUGUUUGAGACAUCAGAACUGGUACAGCCAGGCAAGGACAUGUUUAGCCUCAAUAUAAUCCACGCUCUGAAAGGCUCAUUCGCACUGAAUGCAGAACUGAGCAGAGUGAAAAUCGAGUUUUUGGACGGAGCUGAUACAGCUAUUGAUCUCCUCUACUCGGCGGACCGAAAUCUGCUUCAGAUACACGCAAAAUGGCUCGACGUUGCGCAGGUGCACCAGGUAUCUAGUUGCGAAUUUUUCAAAGUUGCUGGAGAACAGAUGGAGAGCGACAGUCCAUUCUUCUGUGACCACGUCAUCCAGGACCUGCUCGAGGCCGCUUUUGAAGAAGUCCGCGUUCCGCUCAAUCUGGCCCCAGCGACCGCUGCUUGUCUUCGAAGAAACGCCGUCGAAUACCUCCGGAAAAUGCCACGGGCUAUCAAAAUGACAGUUCUGGAUGCUGGCAAGAAGUUGAAGGUGAAAUGGGCCGGCAACGAGAGUGGAGUCUUCACUGCAAGAUAUGGGCCAUACAUUCACUAUUGGGUUACUCUCCAUGAAGAGAGUUCAUGUGGACAAAGAAAGACAGAAGUGUUAAAUGCCGCCGUUAAGUCCAACACAGAUCAAGCAAUAGACCUUUGCAGUUGUCCGACUCGAACAGUCUCUCAAACCCGAUCGGAAGUUAUCUUUGAUGGGCUAGAUCCCGAUGAAGUUUAUUUCCCAAUGGUAUCGCGGGCCGAAAGACCGUCUUUUUCUGGACUACCAACCCCCUCAUCCGACCAGCUUCUGAGCCCACUGAGCCCGAGGAGCCCAGCGUUGAGCUCGCUCUAUGGCCCAGCGCUGAGCCCAGGGUUUUACCCAAGGUUGAACCCAGACUCGGACCUAGAGAUGGACCUAGAGUUGGGCCUUGAGUCCAAUUCGAAUCAUGACAAGCCGGGAGAGGACAGUGACUCUGAUGAGAAUUUUCAGAUCAAAGCGCGAGGUUCAAAAGCUUCUGCUCGUUCGAAGGUUGUUGCAUUGGAGAGAACGAGAUGGCAAAAGGACGAGCAGGACUGGCUGGAGUGGUAUCAGCAACAUCGUCCAGAUGCACAGUCUCGAGCUGUUCCUUCGCCCCAGCAGACUUUGCGAGUGGACGACGAUGCUAUUCCUCCACUUCGCUCUUUGGACCGAAACCUCAGUCUUGAGAUACACCACUAUUACCGUGUCCUGUUGGAGGGAGAAGAACGUGAGCAGGUCAUUUUUGUUCACAGGGUCAUCCCAAACAGCAUUGGAGCUGAAUUCAGCUACUCUUUGCUCGUCACCAGGUACUCCAUGCUCAGUUCCGUCUUCCCACCUCAGAAGCCUCAGACGACUGGAACCUCAGGAUCCGACGAUCAAGAGUUGAUUCUGCACUUCUGUGACUUUGACAAGAUGCGCACGGCGCUGGAUGCAGAGACCAUACCCCUUAACGACAUUCUAUCUGCAUGCCGGGUCGGGACUAGUAGAAACUGCGUCAGCCAUGGAUUCCGACACCGUCCAGACAUUGACACUGAGAGGCUAUUCUGUCGUUUUGGCAUUUCCAAAGCAGGAGCGGAUGGGCGUGUUACCACUAUAACACCUCUGGCGUCUCAUCACUUCCUGCAUGACGACUAUGAUUGGGAGCCACGCAGCUUCCGCGGUGAGGUGUCGCCUGUGGCAUUUGAUCUGACGCCUUCUGUGUUAGGUGUUUCGGAGGGAUUUGCAUCGAGGGGAUUCACGGUUCAGGCAGCCUUUGGGCUAGAUGAAGCAAGACAUAAUACGUGGAUGAAUCGACACCUUGUGGCUCAAUACUUUGAUGGUCCGAUUCUCGACGUGUUCAAGGACUUCGACUCGGGAAACCUCCUACCUAUCCAGCUCCCGGCUCCAGCGGCCCCCAAAGUACUCCUCUUCGCGAGCGAACAUGCAUGCUUCCGACUAAACGUUCACAACUCUCAGAUGCCGACGUUGCGACAAUUUCUGAAACCCCUGGAUGCCGUUGACAAGGCUGUCGAAGUGUUGAAACCUGAUUUCGUCGUCAUGUUACUGCCUCCCGCUUUUCAACAUCCAUCAGCAAUGCCGAGGCACUCUAGCACGCUUUUCAGACUUGUUGAAAUGGGGUUUUCAGUUCAUUCAACGCUGAUCGCACUGACAGAGUACGGAGUUCCGCAAGAAAGGAGUAUUCUUGCAGUCAUCGCAUCACCCUUCGGAGUACCUUUGUCCUGGAAGUUCGAUCAAUAUGCCGCUGGAUCCCCUCUUCCUGCCACGAUUGGGAACCUGAUCGGAGACUUGAAUUUCAAGAACCCUCGAAUUGGAAACGCGUCGAACACGGGUUUUGUGUGCAAGCCUCCUCCUAUUUCUGGGUCGGAUGCAGGGACCUCUACGCUCGAUCAUGUCUACAAUCACUACACGGGGAUUUGUGCUGCACCUGGCGCCCAAACCAUAUCGAUGGACAGUCAAACUCUUUCCACCUUCAACGGUCCAAAGCAAUGGAUCCAUCCAGUUCGAAAUGACAGACUUACUGUGCGCGAAUAUGCACGGAUACAAGGCAUUCCAGACGAGUUGCGCUUCUUCGGGACGAAAGAAGAACAAUACGAGACCGUUUGCAAGGCCGUCCCUCCUAUUGUCGCCAAAAUGAUUGCGCAUACAGUUCGUGAGGCGAUCAACCAGUCCCGAGUUGUCGCCAUCAGUGCCGGUGAAGGAAAUACCAGAAGAAAGAGAGUAAGAUUUGAGGUAGAGGAGUAG